AUGGGGCGGCGAGGAGCCUCGGCGGCUUUCCCCCCAGAGCCCCCUCUCACGGGGCGAAUCCGCACCCGCCGAUUAAGGCCUGGCCGCCCAGCCCGCGCCCUCCGCGUGUGUGCGAUGGUGACUCCUGGUCCUCCCCGCACCUGCGGGGUGACCCGGGUCGGAGCCAGCAGGCGGGUCCGCAGCCCCUCAUUGGUGUUCUCUGUCCCCCACGCCUACCCAGGCCCCAGGUCCCGCAAACCAAAGAAGAAGAACCCCAACAAAGAGGACAAGCGGCCGCGCACGGCCUUCACGGCGGAGCAGCUGCAGAGGCUCAAGGCCGAGUUCCAGACCAACAGGUACCUGACCGAGCAGCGGCGCCAGAGCCUGGCCCAGGAGCUCAGCCUCAACGAGUCGCAGAUCAAGAUCUGGUUCCAGAACAAGCGCGCCAAGAUCAAGAAGGCCACGGGCAGCAAGAACACCCUGGCCGUGCACCUCAUGGCGCAGGGCCUGUACAACCACUCCACCACGGCCAAGGAGGGCAAGUCGGACAGCGAGUAG